CGUAAUUUGUUUAAAAGGAAUGUAGGGUUUAUUAUUUAUAAUAUCUGAGUUCUAAAAAUUAACCAUAAAGGCAUCUAAUUUUUUUAGGAAUCUCUAAAUAAAUUACUAUCUGAAAAAGAAGUAGUAAAAAAAAUAAUUAAAAACAAAUAAAUAAAUAGAAGGAUUGAUUUCACGCACUCUCUUUCUUUCUAAUUAAAUAAUUAAUCAAUCAAAAAGCAAUAGAUUAUAAAGGUAUUUAAUUGGAUUGAAUAGCAACCAAGUAAGCAAAGGCAUGUCUUCUAGCGAUAUUAGGAUAUAAGAAGAAGAGAAAUAAAACUAUCAAGUUAGUUAGAGAGGUUAUUCAUCCGAUUAAGCUGAUAAGCUCUUCAAAAAUCGAAAGAAGGCACAGUCAAGCGAUGAGUCUGACUCUUGCUCUUCUGAUGAAGAAAUAGAUGACUUUUAUUAUGGAGAUAAUUUCGAUGAAAUAAACGGUGGAGAGGGUGAUUUUUUUGAAAGAAACUAGAAUAAUUAAUAAUUUCACCGCAAGACUACAAAAGAGUUGGAUGCUGAGGCAGAAAUGGUCAACAAAAAAGUAAACCAAACAGCUAAAGACAAGAAUGAGAAUGUGGACCAAAAGAAAAAGUUCUUUAAAAAUUACAUAAAACUUCUGGUAUCAAAGCAGAAAAAGAGGUGGGAAUCUAAUGGUUUCUCGCUUGAUUUAACAUAUAUAACUCCGAGAAUUAUUGCAAUGGGAUUUCCUGCUGAAAAUUAUGAGCGAUGGUAUAGAAAUUCUAUGAUUGACGUUUAAAACUUUUUCAAUAAAAUGCACACUAACCACUAUAAAGUUUAUAAUCUUUGCUCUGAAAGAACAUAUGAGAAAACAAGAUUUCCUGAUGUAUCAUAUUACCCUUUUGAGGAUCAUUAGGCUCCAGAAUUUUCUUUAAUAUACCGCUUCUGCAAGGACUUGUUUUAGUAUAUUCAUGCUGAUAAAGAAGGCAAAAACACAGCAGGAGUCCAUUGUAAAGCAGGUAAAGGUAGAACAGGAGUUAUGAUUUGUUGUUAUCUAAUGUAUUCAGGUGAAUAUGAAAAAGCUAUUGAUGCUCUGCGCUACUAUGGAUUAAUGAGAACAAAUAACAAAAAGGGAGUAACUAUUCCAAGUUAAAUAAGAUAUGUUCAAUAUUUUGAAAAAGCCUUACACAAUAAGUGGAAAUUGGAUGAUUUCCCAUAGAUAUGUAAAAAGUUGAUUAAGAUAAGAUUGAUGACAAUUCCUAACUUUAAUUUGUUUGGAGGAUGUGAACCAUAUUUCACAAUUACUUACUCUAGAUCAAAAAAAGAAAAAGUCGAAUUCAAUUCUCUGGAUAAAUUCAAAUUACAGAAGUAUGAAAAAGAAGCUUAUAUAGAAUAUAAUUUAGACGAAUACGUAGUCUAUGGGGAUGUUCAAGUUUAAUUUUAUAAUAGAUCUUUAUUCAAAAAAAAGGAGAAAAUGUUUUAAUUUUGGUUCAAUUGUGCCUUUUUUGAACCUAAUGGGGUCAUGGAAAUCGAAAAGACUAUGUUGGACACUGCAUGCAAAGAUAAGAAAAAUAAGAAAUUUAGUAAAGAAUUUCAUGUUUAAGUUCAUGCAAUUCACCCAUAGCAGGAUACAAAAAUCGAAUUCUUGUAAACAAGCUAUUUAGAAUAAAACAGACACUUUAUAGCUCAACUAAAAUAAUAGCAGUAAUAAAAGAGUGCAAUAUAAAACUAAUGAUAAAGAAAUAGUAUAACCAAAAUAGAAUAAAUUUUACAUUAACGUAGUAGGCUCGUUAAACUAUUUUACAUACUUAUUUCCUCAUAAGAUGUACAUUCUAUUUAAGUCGAGUUACUUUUAUAUUUUUCCUGGCUAAAAAAGCUAUUCUUACAAAAAAUAAUAAACAAAAAUAUUUAUUUCUGAUGAUAUAAAUUAGUAAAUAAAAUUGUCUUCUUUAUUAAAAUUAAAUAUUAUUCUGUCAAAUAAAUGAAUUAAUUCUUCAAGAAAACAUUGUUAAACAUUAUUGGAGGACGAGCUAUUUAGAGAAAUAAUCAAGCUAUAUAAGAUUAUUGAAUGCUAAAACUACAACAACAAGUGCAUUUCAAUUACUUUAAUAUAUAAUAAAUAUUUAUAUAAUUUUAGAGUGGAUUAAUUACUAUAACCCUAAGUAUCUUACUUUUUUCUUUUAAUUAGUAAAAUGUAUCAUAUGUAGUUAUUUAGUUAUAUAUUUUUAUUAUUAUCAUUAUUAAAUUAAUAUAAU